UGUGAUAUUUGGUAGUUUAUUUUUAGCAUUUCAUUACUUUUACUUACUAAUUACUUGUUUUUUAAGUUUUCUGUACUGUACCGUUGCAAUGGGCAGGAAGAAGAAGAAGGCAUCGAAACCAUGGUGCUGGUACUGCAACAGGGAGUUCGACGACGAGAAGAUUCUCAUCCAACAUCAAAAGGCGAAGCAUUUCAAAUGUCACAUCUGUCACAAGAAGCUUUACACGGGACCUGGCUUGUCAAUACACUGCAUGCAGGUCCACAAAGAAGCCAUAGACAAAGUACCAAAUUCUCUACCAAAUAGGUCAAAUAUUGAAAUAGAAAUCUAUGGUAUGGAAGGUAUACCGCCAGAAGAUGUGAGGGAGCAUGAGAAGCAGAAAACAGGUGGAGGGAAGGGUUCAGAUAGUGAUGAUGAUGAACCUGCGGCAAAGAAAAAACCAACUCCAGCUCUGGAGAAAAAAAAUGAUUCACUUGGCCCCGGCCCAUCAUCAGUGUCCCCGGGUAUCCUACCCACUCCGAUGGGACCAGUACCUCCAGGGAUGUACCCCGGACCCAUGCCUAUGAAUCACAUGAUGCCUCCGUUUAUGCAACAUAGAAUGAUGAUGCAAGGAAUGCGACCCCUGUUUCCAGCAACAAGUGUCCCGACGUCUACACCUAGCAAACCUACCUUCCCUGCUUACAGUAGUGCAACAAUAAGUGCACCACCCACGACAUCAUCAGGGAUCGUCAGUUCAGACCCUAAAGAAAAUGGUGAUGUCAAACCUCCAAUUGCAAAUUCGUGUCCAUUGGUGACGGCAACAGGGGCCGGGUCCAAAAUCAUCCAUCCCCCUGAAGACGUCUCAUUAGAAGAGAUCAAAGCGAGAAACGCGAAGUACAGGCCUAAGCCGAAACCAGAGGCGCCGGCGCAACCCCCCACGCCGACUAUGAUCGCACCAAGCACAAGUCAAGCUGAGGCGAUGGCCAUGUACUCACAGGUGGCAGCGCACAUGACGGCAGCUGCGCGUUGGCAUGCCCAUGUCGAUGCCGCCGGUCAUGGGCAUGCUGCCCGUCAUGCCGCAGUUCAACCUAAUGCGCCCGCUGCAGCCCGGUCAGUACCCGCCCCACCACCAGUAUCUCUACCGCUAGGCCCCCGCCUCCGACCGACUCUACCGCCGUUUACAGAUUGCUUUUCGUACCCGUUCUGGCUGAUUAUCUCACCUUGGCUAACUAACACUACUUUCACGUUCUGUUCAUUAAUGGGAACCAUUGGGCCACCGCAAUUCGUUGGCGUUGAAUUUUAUCACAAACUAAAUAAAUUUAAAUCAAUCCGUCAUUCACAUUUUCGAUAUUGGAGCUCCUUAACCUAAUUCCACUCAAUCAUAUCGCUAUUCUAUUCGGCAUAUCGUCCCGUUUAAUUCGAAUGGACGUGACUUACAAAUAUAACGAAAUAUAGUAAUUACACAACUCGAUUCAUGUGAUGUAAUUAAUUCAAUUUCGUCAGAAUUGCGUCCAUUGGUAAGGGACUAUAUGGCGCCACGUCAUAUUCAAAAUUCAUAAUAUGUAAUCUGCUGUUUUGUGACGUGUUUAUUCACAUAGCACAUUUUGUUUUUAACCAGAAACGCAACCUGUAAACGAUAGUAGACAAGUUUGAGUGCAGGCGGCAUUGUGGAAUGUGAUAUUUAUCAGAUACGAGAUGUGAUAUCACAUUUCACAAUUGAUUUUAACCGUUAGGUCUUAUCCUGUCUACAUUUCGAUAUGGACAGCAUAUCAAAGCAAAAUUACUAUCAUAUCAGUAGGAAUGUUUAAACUUAUCACUUCUAUUGUUGCACACAUAUGGGUAAAAACCUUAUAACUCCUAUUCUAUUCUAAUGUUUGUAUUUUUGAUGUUAAAAUGGUCCAAAUUUAUUGAUGAAUUGUUGACACGUUUAUGCAUAAUGUACCAACCAAAGAUAUUAUUAUUUACAAAAACAGAUAUUGAUACCAGAGAUUCAGACAUUGCUCUAAAUAUCCGGCUUUAUCCAGAAAAGCUGGAGACUGUAAUUGAUAUUUUUAGAAUGUGUAUGUUGGCGUAAUUUUAAAAUCUAUCACUUAAAUGUCGUGUACAAAAUACAGUUGGAAAUCGCCAUUGAUAUUGCAUUUAUUGUUCUAGGAAUAUAGUAUAGAUUAUAGUGGGUAAUUGUAUUGUUUAAACCAGUGGUAUUCAAAUGCAGUAUUGUUUUGUAAGUCUUAAGAUUACGUACUAGGUAAAUUAUAGGGUUUUAUCUUUGUAAAUUAUAUUCCAGUACACGUGGUGCCCAAGUGGAAAAUGAAGUGACCAUUGUUGAUUACAUUUUACUGUUUGCAAUAAAUGCUUUCGAAUAGUACAACUUUCUGUUUUCCACUGAAACAUCUCAGCGUCAGUGUAACUCUAGCUCCAAAUGGAUGCAGUUUGCAUUGUCAUUUUGUAUACUGAAUCUGAUUGGAUUGUGU